UUCAUGGCACUCUGAGAGCUCCUGUGUUAAUCCGGUCUAAGCACCGACUGAGGAAUCAGGAGGGAACAUCGCCUUAAUCCCCAUCUGCCCUGCCUCUUUUUGCUACACAACACUCUUCCUGUCAUCCCAGUCUACUUCCUCCUCCAACCUUCGCCAUCACUACGUCCACCAGGAUGCCACCCCGCCGCCCGAGCGCACGAGAAAGGUCCGAGGAGCUCGGCCUUCCCCCGACCGAGCCUCACGUGGCGAGCGAUGCCACCAGGACGCAGCAUGCCGUGUGUUAGAGGGGCCGAGCAGUGGCAGGUCAGGCCCGCGUCGGCCCUGCGGGGGAUCAGACGUGGCUGGGCCGGCAUGUGGCAGCGGAUGCAGAGGCUGUCCCGGGCCUGCCGACGCGGGGCGGGCUGUGCGGUCAGCUACAACGACCCCGACCAUGAGGAGCAGGAGAUGGUGUGCCUUGAGCCCAUGGGAUCAGAGCCGAUGGAGAUGCGAAAGAGGCAGAUGUCGGUGCAGCAGGAGUCGGCAGCGGGAGGAACUGCAGCAACCCAGCAGGCCCAGGCGGGCCAGGCCAACCCGCGGGUGUCCAACGCAUGCUGCUUCUGCUGGUGCUGCUGCUGUAGCUGCUCCUGGAACGAGGACAGAGACGACAGGAACCGAAAGACAUCCUACGACGUCAAAGAAGGGACAGUAGACUGUGAAGACUGCCCCAAGCCCACGCUGGAGGAGGUGCACUCGUGGGCCCAGUCCUUCGACAAGCUGAUGUGCUGCCCUGCUGGGAGGAACGCCUUUCGCCAGUUCCUGCGCACCGAGUUCAGCGAGGAGAACAUGCUCUUCUGGCUGGCGUGCCAGGAGUUUGGCAAGGAGAGCAACAAAAGCGCUAUAGAGGAGAAGGCCCGGGUCAUCUACGAGGACUACAUCUCCAUCCUCUCCCCGAAAGAGGUGAGCCUGGACUCCCGCGUGCGCGAGUCCAUCAACCGGAGCAUACAGGAGCCCACCUCGCACACCUUCGACGACGCCCAGCUGCAGAUCUACACCCUCAUGCAAAGAGACUCGUACCCCCGCUACAUGAACUCUGCCGCCUACAAAAACCUGAUCAACGCUCUGUCCGAGCAGUCCCCCGAGUCUUAAGACCCCCGUCCUCAACUCCUCAUUUUUUUGUUUUUGCUUCCUAGUUUCUUUUUUGUGUGUCCAGUGCGGGAUUGCACCAACCCCGGGAAUCUUAGCUAUCGUGAUCCGCACCUAAACGCCGACACUCAGGUCUCAGCAUCUUGCGAGGGCUCCACAUCACAAGUACUGCUACACGUACUACAUAGCAAAAUACUCCAAAAAUACUUUGGUUUGUUCUUGUUUCUUUUGAUAGAAAUAUUAUAUUUUAUUUCAGGGUUUUUUUUUGUAGGUUUUUUUGUACAUCAUUUUUGUUAAGGGGCGCGGUUAUAUAAUGCCUACUUUAUGAUAUAUAUAUAUAUAUACACACAUAUACAUAUACACACACACAUAUACAUAUAUAUAUAAAUAUACAUACAUAUAUAAUAUAUACACAUACAUAUACAUAAUAUACAUAUAUAUUAUAGACAUAUAUAUAAUAUAUAUGUAUAUAGGAGUUUGUAAAUAGUACAAAUGAGUAGUUAUUUUAUGUGGGGACACCUGGUUCUAUUUAACUGCGUAUGAAAAUCAAAGCUCAAGGCAAAGGCUAUACGCUAGCUUGACUUGCAGGCAGCUUUGUGUGUGUGUGUGUGUGUGUGUGUGUGUGUGUGUGUGUGUGUGUGUGUGUGUGUGUGUGUGUGUGUGUGUGUGUGUGUGUGUGUGUGUGUGUGUGUGUGUGUGUGCGCGCGCACGGAGGUACCCUUGGACUGUAGUUUUUAUUUGAAGCAUUAUUUUGAGACACAACCUGACUUUCCGGUGCGUGUGACUUGGCAACUCCAGUUCGGUAGAACGACUUCACAAGCGUGGUUUUUGUGCCAUGUGAGAAAAUGUAUAUUUGUACGAUAUCCUCUUCGGAGCCUGCAUCCUCUGCAGUGGACAUUUUUUGUUUUGCACAACAGGGCUAUUUUUCUUCUUUCCAAAAUGUGUAACUCUGACAAAAAAAAUCGAGCAAACACAAAAGGUUCUCAGGAGGAUAUAUUAUUUUGAAUUAAAUCUCGAAACUCACUUGUUUACAUAUAUAAUAAAUUACUCAUUUAUUGUAUUUAAUACAUUACAUUAUUCUGUUCAUCCAACCCUUAUUUAUAAAUGAUAUUACUAAUUUGCAUCAUCAAUGUUUUCUACUGGGAGUUCAUUGCCGAGCUAGUUGCCAAAAAAAUUGUGGCUAAUGGUCAAUAACUCUAUGAAAGAUUUAACAUAUACAUGUUGUCAUAUAUAUUUGUAUGUAUAAACUAACUAUAUACUAAACCAGGGGUGUCAAAGGUACGGCCCGAGAGGCCGGAUCAGGCCCGCGAAGAGGUUUGCAAAGUAUAAAAAUUAACCUGAAAUUUUUGAAUGAAAGAAACCGCUGUUCUAAAUGUGUCCACUAGAUGUCGCAAUAGCAAUUCUUUGUAUCUUUGUAGAGUGGAUCUAACAUAAACCACAUGAUGUUAGUACAUCUGUCAAGUUCAAACACUGAUGACAUCUAUUAAACAAGACAAGAGGCAAAGAGUCAAACAGAGGCAGAAUUCAAUUGGGACUCACUGCACUCUGCAUUCCUUCCUCUAGUCCUCGGUUUUCCGUCAGUCUUCAGAUUCCAGCCCGGGUGCAGGAAAAGCAGCUCCUCAAUGGGAGAUGUGGGUGCCAUGGUCUUCUCAUUUUACUCACCCUUGCUGGAAUCAUCAGACGUGUUGGAAUCCGCCUCGAAGGACCAAGAAGAUGUCAGGUUCAAACACUGAUGACAUCUAUUAAACAAGACAAGAGGCAAAGAAUCAAACAGAGGCAGAAUUCAAAUUGGACUCAAUAUUGAGGAGAAAACGUGUCGACCUGUAACCUCUACAGUGUCACCCACGCUCUGACGAAAAAGGUUUACGUCUCCUCUUUCAUUUAGAUAUUCAAUGUUUACGCAACAACACGUCUCAACAAGAAUGGGGAGUAUGUAAACAGUCAUUGUUUUCGGUCACAUUAACACAAAAGAAAAAGAUGCCUCGGGUUUGGGCUGGUCCUGGAUUCAGCUUGGGCAGGUCUUCGAGGACAAUAGAUAACCCCUCCCGUCUCCUCCCAUCGUACACAGCGGAAUUUUCCAAGCCUUUGCUUGGCGCAACAAAGACAGCUCUCAUCUGUUCACUGGAAACUCAGAGAACGGAAAGUUUUUUGAUAAUUUACAUACAAUUUUUCUGACAACAUCAGUGGAGGAAAAUGAUCAAACUACAUAAAAUAACAUCCUGUAAUUUGAUUUUAAUGAAGUUUUUUUUACCUUUAUAGAUUGAAAAUGAGCACCAAUGUGUUGACUGAUGAACAUUAUCACAUCAUUUAUUCAGAAAAUAUAAAUAAGGAUGAAUAAAGAUUUAAUACUAUUAACCUAAAAAUAAUUAUGAUUUGUACAUUUUCAGAAUGUGCUUGUUCUAUUUUUAAACAAAGAAAACAAUCUGAAUUUGUUUUUAUUUUUAAGUUAUCAUGCUGUGAUUUUACCAGUCUGGCCCACUUGGGAGUAGAUUGUUCUCCACGUGGCCCCCCAUCUAAAAUGACUUUGACACCCCUGUGCUAAACUCUACCUCAGGGGUCACCAACGUGGUGCCCGUGGGCACCAGGUCGCCCGUAAGGACCAGAUGAGUAGGCCGCCGGCCUGUUCUAAAAAUAGCUCAAAUAGCAGCACUUACCAGUGAGCUGCCUCUAAUAUUAUUUAUUUAUUUACUAGCAAGCUGGUCUCGCUUUGCCCGACAUUUUUAAUUCUAAGAGAGACAAAACUCAAAUAGAAUUUGAAAAUCCAAGAAAAUAUUUUAAAGACUUGGUCUUCACUUGUUUAAAUAAAUGCAUACAUUUUUUUACUUUGCUUCUUAUAACUUUCAGAAAGACAAUUUUAGAGAAAAAAUACAACCUCAAAAAUGAUUUUAGGAUUUUUAAUCAAAUAUACCUUUUUACCUUUUAAAUUCCUUCCUCUUCUUU